GAUUCGAUUAUGAGAGAGACGGAUUCAGAAUCAGACAGAGGAGGAGAGAGAGAGAGAGAGAGAAGAGAGAGAGCUGAAGCGUAUUCUUGCACAACUCGUCGCAAGGCUUAUUCUUUGCUUGCCAUUAUUGUUUAUAUCGUCAUCACACGCAUCUGAUUACUGCCAGAUGGAUUUUAGGGUACUUUAACUUCAUACCCAGAAGCCAAUAUACUCUGUAACCGAAAUCUAUGCACUAGGGCUUCAUUCAUCUGAAUCGGCUGUUCAUUUUGAUUAAGAUGCUAUCGUCAAAGACCGAAGCCAGGAAGAGACUUAGUGAGGAUUCAGGGAGUAGUAGGAAGCUGAAACAUGAGAUUGACACUAUAAGCAAAGCCCUUUACCUUGAUAAAUCCAGGUCAAAGAGUUCUGUUUCUACUGCAUUUGGUUCCAGAUCCAAACCUGUGGGGAAACCGAACUUGCCCGAGUCAAAAACGAAGAAGAUUAACGAGGGGAAUGAAGACAACACCAUUGCUAAGGACAAGAAGUCCAUUUGGAAUUGGAAGCCAUUGAAGGCGUUUACCAAUGUGCGGAAUCGUAGGUUCAAUUGCAAUUUCACGCUUGAAGUCCAUUCCAUUGAAGGCUUGCCUUCUUAUUUUGAAGGGUUGAAUCUCCGUGUCCAUUGGAAGAGGCGAGAUGGUGAGUUGGAGACUCGUCCUGCCAGGGUUACUCGAGGAAUUGCUGAUUUUGGGGAUCAACUGAAGCAUGUAUGCUCAGUCUAUGGUAGUAGGAAUGGUCCUCACCAUUCAGCCAAGUAUGAGGCAAAACAUUUCUUAUUGUAUGCUGCAGUGUCUCGUGGUCCAGAACUUGACCUAGGAAAGCAUCGGGUUGACCUUACAAGGCUACUUCCUCUUACUCUGGAAGAAUUAGAGGACGAAAAGAGCACUGGAAAGUGGACAACUAGUUACAGAUUGUCGGGCAAGGCUAAAGGUGCCACACUGAAUGUUAGCUUUGGAUAUUCUGUAAUUGGCGACAAUUCUGUUGCACCUCAAGUUUCCUCUGUUAAGGAUGCUUCUGAAAUGCUCAAUUUCAGGAGGCAUAAUACAAGUGAAUUGAAAAUACGCCGAGCUGGAAGCCUUCCUUCUCUUUCUGUAGAGGACAUUAAAGAUCUUCACGAGGUUAUACCCCUUUCUAGAUCAGAACUUUCAACUUCAAUAGAUCUUCUAUAUCAGAAACUCGAUGAAGAGUCUUUGCAAAUGGAAAUUGCUUCUGAAGCCAAGGUUAUCGAUUUAUCGGAAUCCACCGCGUGCCUUGAACCAAAUGCUCAUGUAUCUGAUUUCAUCAAGGAAAAUGCUGGGAAAGCAGCUGAAGAUGGUGAGUUCUCUGUUACAGAGUAUGGGAUAGAGUGGAGUUCAAGAGAACCAGAUAUGUCUGGACAAAUAUAUACUGACAAUUGUUCUGCUUUGGACAUUCAACUUCAAGAUGAUGCUAUUGAGAAACCUGUCAACACUACAAAUGCAUUGAUCAUGGAGGUUGGAGGUAUUACUAAUUCAGAAUGUGAUCUUGCUGCUUUGGACAUUCCACUUCAAAAUGAUUCUAAAGCUACUUCCCUGGAUGAGAAACCUGAUAACACUACAGAUGGAUUUGUAGCAAGUGAUAAAAUAACCGAAGUGGAGAAGUUGUGUUCCAAAGAAAUGCUAAUGAAGGACCUAGAAAUAGCUUUGAGUAAUAUGUCAGAUUUGACAUUAGGAAUGGAUUCUCCAAGUGGACUCCAAGAUGCAGAAGAUUUCUUGGAUGUUAAAUCAAACAACGAGAUUUCUAGGACGGUUAGAUCGCUAAGCUUUGACGACACUACCGAUUGUAUAGCUGGUGAGUUUCUUGACAUGCUUGGAAUCGAGCACAGUCCCUUACGCUUGAGUUCUGAAAGUGAACCCGAGUCACCAAGAGAGCGCUUAUUGAGACAAUUUGAGAAAGACAUCUUAGAUUCUGGGUGUUCGUUAUUUGAUUUUGAUGGUUAUGCGGAUGACAUUGUUGGAUCUGAAGAACAUGAUGAUUUCUAUGAGGAGGACAUGGAUCUACUAUCAGAAAUUGAACUGGCAAUUGACAACUCAGAACCCAUGAUUCAGAAAACAAGAGCAUCGAUACUGGAAGACUUGGAGACUGAAGAACUAAUGCGUGAGUGGGGUUUGAAUGACGAUGUUUUCAAGGGUUCCCCACCUGAUAAUUUGGGCGGGUUUGGGAGUCCCAUUAAACUUCCUCCUCAAGAGCUUCAGCAGUUACCUCCACUAGAAGAAGGGUUAGGUCCUUUCGUUCAGACAAAAGAUGGAGGGUUUCUACGGUCUAUGAAUCCUGCAAUCUUUAGGAAUGCUAAAAGCAAUGGUCGUUUGGUCAUGCAAGUUUCCAAUCCAGUUGUGGUGCCUGCUCAAAUGGGUUCAACUAUAAACGACGUAUUGCAGCAUAUGGCUUCAGUUGGGAUCGAGAAGCUCUCGAUGCAGGCAAAUACAUUAAUGCCCUUAGAAGAUAUUACUGGGAUGACAAUGCAACAAAUAGCUUGGGAAGAAAACACAUCCACGCUUGAGCCAACUGACAGACAAACACCAUUGCAGCAAGAAAAUGAAUGUUUUAGAGAAAGCAGAGCGGAAGAUAGGUCUAGGUCAUGUAAGAUGGAUUAUAGAGGAAAAGAGAUGGACUCGGAAUAUGUAUCACUAGAAGAUCUUGCUCCUCUCGCAAUGGAUAAAAUCGAGGCCCUCUCGAUCGAGGGUUUGAGAAUACAAUCCGGUAUGUCAGACGAGGAAGGAUCAGCAAAUAUCAGUUCACAAUCUAUAGGUCAAAUUUCAACCCUAGAAGGGAAGAGAGGAAUAGAAGGUUCUGGAGGGCUUCAGCUACUGGAUAUUAAGGACAGCAACGAUGAUAUUGAUGGAUUAAUGGGUUUAUCACUUACACUUGAUGAAUGGAUGCGGCUCGAUUCUGGCGAUGUUUAUGAUGAAGAUCAAAUCAGUGAGCGGACUUCUAAAAUCCUGGCCGCCCAUCAGGCUUCCAGCUUGGAAUUGAUACGUGGAAGGUCAAGGGGAGAGAAAAGACGUGGAAAAAGUAGCAGGUGUGGUAUUAUGGGGAAUAACUUCACAGUGGCGUUAAUGGUACAGCUUCGUGACCCUUCAAGGAAUUAUGAACCAGUAGGGACACCAAUGCUGGCUUUAAUUCAGGUCGAGAGAGUUUUUGUACCACCGAAAAUGAAAAUAUUCAACACUGUCGUAGAACUGAAGGAAAGAAACAAGUCAAGACCUACAAAAGUGGGAGAAGUAAAAGAAGAGCCAAAACAGGAGGAAGAGAAUCACGAAGAGGAAACUAUCCCUAAGUUCAAGAUCGCUGAAGUUCAUGUUGCAGGUCUGAAAAUUGAUCAGGGAAAAAAGAAACUUUGGGGUUCAUCCAGUCAGCAACAGUCUGGUUCAAGAUGGUUACUUGCUAAUGGAAUGGGCAAGGGAAAUAAGCAGACGUUUAUGAAGUCCAAACCUCCUAUGUCAGUGGCUAAGACUGGUGAUACUUUAUGGAGCUUCUCUAGUCGUUUCAAGGCUAAAAAUUGAAAGGCUUAACAUAUCAGAUUAUGGCAAGAAAUAUACAGGUUCUGUAAACAUUGUGACACAAUAUAGGUUUGAUCAACUGUCAUAUGCUUAUGUAAUGCUCUAGAAUGAUGUCUUUUUCUCUUGUCACAUUGUGAAUGAAAGAUUAAAUGCCAUAUAGAGAUUUGUUGGCCUUGUUC